AUGGGUACUUGGGGAGUGUCCGGACACGAACCCCUCCUGGGAUACGACUGCGGUAGGGACACCGUUGUCGCACCCGCACCGCAUCCGCACGCCGCAGGGCACACGCCCGCCGUCCACUCCUCCGUGGCCGCUACCAAGUUUCUUCGCUGCACAUCCCUCGGCCGUCACGGCCACGCCGCAGUGCCACGCCGAACAUUCCGCGCCGCCCCCUGCAACUCGCGUGCGAAAAAGUGGGAGGAAGCAAGUUGA